AUGGGCCUCGCGGUCCCCGCACCUUGGCUGCUGCUCUUCACCUGGCUCCCAGCAGGGUGUCUGUCCUUGUUGGUGACCGUCCAGCACACAGAGCGCUAUGUCACCCUAUUUGCCUCUGUCAUCCUCAAAUGUGACUACACCACCUCUGCCCAGCUCCAGGACGUGGUAGUGACGUGGCGCUUCAAGUCCUUCUGCAAGGACCCCAUCUUUGACUACUACUCUGCAUCAUACCAGGCGGCUUUAUCCCUGGGCCAGGACCCUUCCAACGACUGCAACGACAGCCAGCGAGAGGUCCGCAUCGUGGCCCAGAGGCGGGGGCAGAAUGAGCCCGUGCUGGGGGCGGAUUACCGGCAGCGCAAGAUCACCAUCCAGAACCGAGCAGAUCUUGUGAUUAAUGAAGUGAUGUGGUGGGACCACGGCGUGUACUACUGUGCGAUUGAGGCUCCAGGGGACACGACAGGUGACCCGGAUAAGGAGGUGAAGCUCAUUGUCCUGCACUGGCUGACGGUGAUCUUCAUCAUUCUGGGAGCCCUCCUCCUGCUCCUGCUGAUUGGAGUGUGCUGGUGCCAGUGCUGUCCCCAGUAUUGCUGCUGCUACAUCCGCUGCCCCUGCUGUCCCACCCGCUGCUGCUGCCCUGAGGAAGCCCUGGCCCGCCACCGCUACAUGAAGCAGGCUCAGUCCCUAGGCCCUCAGAUGAUGGAAAAACCCCUAUACUGGGGGGCGGACAGGAGCUCUCAGUUUUCAUCUUAUCCAAUGAACCAGCUGCUUCAGCGAGAUUUGUCCAUGCGAUCCAGCCUCCCACAGAUGCCAGUGACCCAGCCCACCACUCACCCUCCCAUCGCUAACGGCGUCCUGGAAUAUCUGGAGAAAGAGCUGCGGAACCUCAACCCGGCCCAGCCCCUGCCCCCUAACCUCAAAGCCAUCUCCGGCCAGCCCUGCAGCAUGCUGUCCUCCCUGGGCUCCGAGGUCGUGGAACGCAGAAUCAUCCGACUGCCCCCCCUGAGAGACCUGCCAUCUUCUCUGAUGACCAGCAACUCCUCCCACCAGCACUGGCUCGCUCCAGUUCCCCCUGGAGGCUGGGAUCUGAGGGAGGAGAGGGGGCCGCACCACCACUCUGGUUUCCACCAGGAGCUGCAGGACUGGCAGCCCCGGCGGCCCUGGGCGUUGGAAGGAAGGGAGCUGGGCCAGCUUCGGAGUGGAAGGCACCGCAGCUCCAGGCCGAACACGUCCCCCACACCCUGGUCAGACAGGGACAGCCUCAGCGACAUCCCUUCGUCCAGCGAGGACCGCUGCCGCCGGUCCACCCACCUGCCUCUGAGGAGCCGCUACCCCGACAGGCCCCGCAGGCCCAGCCCCCGGGAGAGCGAGCGCAGGCACCAGAGGCGCAGGCCCCGCAGCUACUCCCCUCCCCUGCCCUUGGGAUUCAGUUCUUGGAGCUCCGAGGAGGAGAAGGAGAGGCAACCCCGGAGGUGGGGGGCCCACCGCCGCCGCUCCCACUCCCCAAACUGGCCCGAGGAGAAGCCACCCAGCUACCGCUCACUGGAUGUCAUGCCAGGCAAGAAUGGCAGGAAAAGAGGGAAUGUGGAGAGGCGCUCGGAGAAAGACAGCUCUCAUAGUGGAAGAAGUGUGGUCAUUUAG